UCUUGUGAAAAUCUGCCUUAUACUAGCAGGAUAAAACGCAAAUACUGGUUCGAAAUUACAGUAUAAUUAACAAAAAUUAAACAUGAGUAGCGAAGAAGAGAUUAAACAGAACUAUUCGGAUCAUUUGAAGGCUAUUCACUAUCAUAAGGAAAUUACCGAUUUUUUUCAUACUCAUAAAGAAGUCUUCCAAGAGGCUUGGGAUCUCAUCUACGACGUCGUAAGCUCGGAUAAAUACAAAGGUUCUAAACUGCUGGACAUUGGAAGCGGAGCUACAGUCCAUAACAUAGCAGGUGCUAGUAUUUUCUGCCCAAAUAUAGUCCUAAGUGAUUAUGUCGAGGACAACUGCACCGAAUUGCGAAAAUGGCUGAAAAAGGAAUCGUUCUUGGAUUGGUCUGAGCAGCUGAAUGAAGCAAUAGCUGUUGGAAAACGCAAAGGGAUUUUGGAUUUCAAUGGCGUCGACAUUGAAGCACAAAUUCGCAAAUCUGUCAAAAGUGUUGUUCAAUGUGACGUUCUCCGUGACGAUAUCGUGCCCCUCGAAGAAUUGACAUCAGUUGAAACCAAACCACCUUACGACGUGAUCUUAUCGUGCCUGUGCCUUCAAGCUGCUGCUCCCGAUUAUGAUGCAUACAUCGCCACACUGAAGAGGAUCAAUAAAAUGCUCAGACCAGGUGGCGGGCUGAUAGUUUGUGAUUUUGCAAAUGCUGAUGAAUAUUGGACCGCAGGGAAUAAGAAGUUUCACUAUCUGAACCUGAGUUUAGACGAAGUAUCUGAAGCUUUUCGACGAGCUGGAUUCAGAGUGGUCAAAGUUCAGAAGUUUACACCAGAUGAACAGAAGCAUUAUUUUAAAUUUGGAACUUCUUUCUGUUGCUUUGCUGAGAAACUAUAA